AUGGCACCGAACGAUCUCCGCCGUCCGUUCAAGCGACCGCCAAUUUCCGAUCAAGAGAGGCGCAGGGUACAGACUCUGCUCCGCCAGGCACAGAAUCGCCAAGACGCCCAGCGCCACGCGCGUUUCUUAGUCAACACCGUCCUCACUCUCCCCUCUCAAUCCUACGCACCAGAAUCCGAACCCGAACCCGAACCCGAACCCGAACCCGAAAUUGAACUCACCGAAGCUGGUUCCGCUCCCGACUUGAAAUCGCUCGAGAACCUCGACGUCCUCGGAGCGUCGAAGCUGAAGGCCGCGGAAGCUCGCAAGUGGUUCGCGAAGCAGCUCAUGCUCCCCGAGUGGAUGAUCGACAUCCCCAACAACCUCGCCCAAGAUUGGUUCGUCUUCGCUCGCCCUUCCGGAAAACGAUGUUUCGUCGUUUCGUGUAACGGAACGACGAUUAGCCGUCUGCGUAACGGUUCCAUUCUGAAUCGGUUUCCCUCCGCGUUACCGAGCGGCGCCAGGAAAAAGGAUUCCGGUUCUUCUCAGUCCUACUCUAUACUGGAUUGCAUCUUUCACGAGGUGGAUCAGACCUAUUACGUUAUUGACAUGGUUUGUUGGAGGGGUUACUCGCUGUCCGAUUGCACUGCGGAGUUUAGGUUCUUCUGGUUGAAUUCCAAGCUAGCAGAGACUGGUGCUUGUGAACCUCCUUCUUAUUAUCACAAGUAUAGGUUCAGUUUGGUUCCGGUUUAUGGUUGUGACUCGAAUGGUCUUCAAGCUGCUUAUUCGGCACCGGUGCCUUAUGUCAAAGAUGGUCUUCUCUUUUAUAACAAGCAUGCCCACUAUCAGGCAGGAGUUACGCCACUAGCGUUAGUAUGGAAGGAUGAGAACUGUAGUCAAUAUGUUAUGGACACAGACAGUAAAGGACAAGUUCCGAGCCAGCAGCAGGUGGUUUUGGAGCUUCAAGAAGAUGGAAAACUGACCACUUCGGAUGAUCCUCCUGUGGUAUUUGGCUGUUUAGAUGGAAGCUUCACACAACAGUCAGGGCUCCAAUCAGGAUGUCUUAUUCGGUUUUCAAUUGGAGAGGGAGGAUUAGUUUUGAUGGAUGGGAAACUUGAGAAAGCUGAUCUACAUUAUCUUGGCAAGGCCAACCGAGCUCGUGGCUCUGCCGAUAGUUUCUCUAAGGUUGUAAGGAAAUUUCCAGCACAGCACUAA